UCCGCACACCGUCCCUCAGUGACCCGGUUGAUCGGCACGAUGCGCGCUUUCCGCCUGCUCUGCCUGGCCGUCGCGCUGGCUGCGUGCGCCGGUCCUGCCGCCGCCGUGGGCCCGGUGGUCCGUUGCGAGCCGUGCGACGCAGGCGCGCUGCUGCAGUGCAAGCCGCUGCCCACUGAGUGCGCGGAGCAGGUUCGGGAGCCCGGCUGCGGCUGCUGCAUGACGUGCGCCCUCGAGCAAGGUCAGGCGUGCGGAGUUUACACUGCGCGCUGCGGCUCCGGCUUGUCCUGCCAGCAGCAGCCGGGAGAGAGUCGACCCUUGCAGGCGCUGCUGGAGGGUCGCGGGGUGUGCGCCAGGAAAACCCCCGUGCCAAAGCAAGAAAACAACCACAAUCAAGUAGAGAACAACAGCAACGUGACAUCGCCGCAGCUUCCAGGCAACAGGAUCGUAAAGUGCUUGUACGGGCGCGGGCUGACGGACGGACGCGCGCCACUGCAGAACAAACUGAUCAAAAAAGAGCAGAGCAGAAGAACGCACAGCUACAAAGUGGAGGCGUCUUUGGGAGGAACCAAUGUGGACGUUCAGAACUUCUCGCUGGAGAACCCGAGAGAGACCGAGUAUGGUCCAUGUCGGCGUGAGAUGGAAGGCAUCCUCAACAGUCUGAAGAUCAACAACGUGCUGAACCCGCGAGGCUUCCGCAUCCCCAACUGUGACCGAAAAGGUUUCUACAAGAAAAAGCAGUGUCGUCCCUCCAAAGGCCGCAGACGAGGAUACUGCUGGUGCGUGGACAAGUAUGGACAACCGUUGCCAGGCUUCGACAGCAGCCACCGACUGGAGACACAGUGUCACAGCCCCGACAGCCAAUGAGAGGAGGCUGAGACAGUGGGCACGAGGAAGUGAGGAGAGCAAGACAGAAAGCUGACCCAAAUCUCCUCUGCAUGUAGAUUUAGGGAAGACGUCUGGAGGAAGGCUGGAUCUGGGCAAAGGGGCGCGGCCAAGCCUCCUUGCCGCUCAGUGAAACUCUCGUCUUAUGUUUUAGGUUUUAAAAAAGAGGCGAGAGCGAGAAUCAUCUGCACUACAGCCGGAGAGCAAGGAGGGCCUUUCCCACUCCCGUUCAAGAGGACUUGUUUGUGACUAUGACCCCCAAAAUUGUGAGUUUGUCAUCUGUGCAACUCGCGACUGUUUAGAAAGAAGGGGAGGGGUUGAAGCUUAGCCUCCCUGGAGCUACGGGGGGAGGGAGGGCAGGGAAUUGAAGCUUGUGCUGCCAAGUACCACCGACACUGUGCGACUUUGUACCUUUCUGUUUCACUUUUGUCUUGUUUUGUGUCGAUAAAUCCAAAAAAAAAAAAAAAAAAAAGAAUUGUAAUGUGGACUGUCUGGUUCGUGCGUUUUGCAAAGGAAACUUCAGGGUAGCGUUGAGCUAACACGUAGCGUUGCAUCGCGAUGCUAAUGGCUACAUAUGAAAUCCACAGUCCCUUUUUUAGAGGGACGGUUGUCAGUCAAUAAUAAUACUGUUGUGAUCUAUGACAUCACUUCCUGUUCGGCCAGCAGAUAGUCAUUUUGUAAAGAUAUUCUUUUGUCAAACGACUCACAGCAAGUAUCACAUGAAUGUCUCAUUCAGGUUUGUGGGACUCGUCUCUUUGGGGGAGUCCAGCUUUUCCAUCCGUCCACUCGGCUGCCUUGUAAAUAUGUACAUCAUCAGCAUGAAAGCUAACAGAGCGACGUGGCUGUCGCCGCUAAAGACGUUCAGGGUUGAAAUUGCCAAAUGUAAAGAUGCAGAAACACGUUAAUUCUGGGAUGUCUGUCAUAGCUCAGAGUUACGCUACCUUGCUCGCCGAUUGUAAGCAGCUUGGGAGGAGUCUGAAUGGAAGGAGCCAGUGUGGAGGUGGGUUGUGAGGCAGCAACAGAACAAACUAGCAUGCACAACAACAUGUAGCCCGCUGUAUCACAUGACUGAACCAACCCUGAAUUACUCAAUAAAAAUAGCAGAUUCAGGACACACGAUUGAAAACAAACCUAGUCCUUUCAAACACAUGAGCUUUGUAAUACUUUAAUACUAUAUACUGUCUGUUUAAAAAUGCACACGUGAAUUUGUCAUAACAUUAUGACUGCCUCACUGAUCAUGUGUUGGACACCUGUUCUUGGAAGCCCCGCCUCCCACCUUCAACUUAUUGGAAGACUUUUGACCCAACAACGGCUGCACUUUGGGUAUAGACAUUUUUAGGGAGUUACGCUGGUUGGUCACAAUCUUAUGGUGCAUCAGUGUUGUCAUUUCUCUGCGCAUUCUUGUGUAUUUUUAUGGACAUAAUGUUAAAAAUUGUUAUAGCGCCAAGUGUCUGACUCGAUGACAUGGACAGUUGAAAAUAAAAAGAUUUUCUUCAGAAAAUAAUUUUGAGUUUGAUGCGUUUCAGUCAAUAACAUUUGUUUUAAUUGUUAUUAUACAAUAAUUAUAUUUUUAAAAUGCAUUGAAAAUAGUAAUUGUUAUUAUGUCAUUAAAUUAAAUGAAAAUUAAAUUAUUUUCCACAAUGGUCCUUAAGCUCUGUUUAUUUAUGGAUUGACUUUAAUUUUUCUCGACUUCUUUAGAAUAUUGUCUUUUCAAAAGAUACCAGACUUCAAU